AUGCCUCGGGGUCAGAAGAGUAAGCUCCGGGCCAGAGAAAAACGCCGUCAGGCUCGAGAAGAUAAUCAAGCUAUGGAGAAUGUUCUUGACACUGCAGCAGAUGGAGAGGAGUCCACCUCUUCCUUCUCUCCUCAUUCCGAAGAUCCGACAGCCAGUCCUCCUCAGGACUCUCAAAGUGUUCCAUGUACCAGCACUUCUGAAGCUGCUGAUGAAGGUGCCAGCUACCAAGGGAAGGAGAGUCCCAGCUCUAGGAAGGGCAACUCCAUCAUUGAGCGCUGGCAAAAAGGUCCUCUCAGCAAGAAGGUGGUUGUAUUGGUGCAUUAUCUGCUGUACAAGUAUCAAGUGAAAGAGCCUGUGACAAAGGCUGAAAUAUUGAGAAAUAUUAUUCAAAUGUAUAAGAAUCAAUUCCCUGAGAUUCUUAGGAAAGCCUCUGAGCACUUGGAGUUGAUCUUUGGCCUUGAUGUGAAGGAAGUGGAUCCCAUCCGCCACACUUAUGUCCUUGUCAACAAAUUGGAAUCGAGCUACAGUGGGAAGAUAAGUGAUGACAUAGGCGUGCCCAAGACAGGUAUCCUGAUGACUGUUCUUGGUGUGAUUUUCUCGAAUGACAACUGCGCCAAGGAGGAGCAAGUCUGGGAAGUGCUGAAUAUGAUGGGGCUGUAUGCUGGCAGGAAGCACUUCAUCUUUGGGGAACCCAAGAAGCUCCUCACCAUCGAUUUAGUGAAGCAGAAGUAUCUGGAGUACCGCCAGGUGCCCAACAGUGAUCCUCCAUGCUAUGAGUUCCUGUGGGGGUCACAAGCCUAUGCUGAAACCAGCAAGAUGAAAGUCCUGGAGUUUUUGGCCAAGAUCCAUGAUUCCGACCCCAGUGCCUUCCCCCGUUGUCUUGAAGAGGCUGUGAAGGAAGAAGAAGAGAGAGCUCAAGCCAGAGCUCAAGCCAGGGCUCGUAAUACCUCCGCAGCCAGUACAUGUUCCAAGGCUCCAUCCAGCUUUUGA